AUCAUUAUACUUUUACACGUGUAAAUCAUCGGUUGAAGUAGCGGAAACGUUUUGUAGAAGGGUGUUCGUGGCAUGUUAUCGAUUGUUGGUCGUGUGAGUGAAAUAAAAGCGAAUUGACUUCCCACUUCGAAGUCGUUGUAUUAGACAGUCUGCAAACAAUAUUGUUGACAAGUGACUCGCAGAAUAAGUUAAAUGAUUUCACAACUGCCUAUUGAAAAGGAGGGAAGUUAAUGGAUGUGACUCGAUCUUGAUUUUGUAGAAUCCACUUUAUUCGGCGUCGUUUUGAAUGAUUUGAAUUUAAUUUCAUGAUAUAUUAGGUCUAUUAAAUUUGGAAUUCGGUGCAUCGGAAUAUGACAUGAUUUGGAGCAAUAAUUCUCAUGAUUGCCGUUUCUUAGAUCAUUUCACCAUGAGCAUUAUAUCGACAUUGGGAUUGGCGAGAGAGAUGCCCACUGCAAAGUUUUCUUGAUAUAUCGUCUUGUAAUAUCUCCUUAAAGCAGACGUGAAUCUUAUCAGAUUGGUGCUUAGACUGUUCAUGAUAUUGCUGACCAUACUGGGAAUGGUUCUGUCAUUAUUCAUACAUAACUUCAACAGCAGUCUAGGUAUAACAGGAUAAAACGACUUUUCAUCAGCACUUUCAAGAAAGGACAGGACGGUGUAAAGUCGCCCAUCACUAAAAGGUUGACAUUUCGAAACAGUUUCUAAAAACAUGAUAUGAAUUAUAGUCAUUGGGCUAGCUGCAUAAUUUAUGUAUAAACAUCAUUUUGAAACAAGAAUGGGCUACACAAAUCUUUAAACUUCUCAGUGACGAUGAAAAUCUUCAUACUUUCGCAAAUUUGAUGUCUUUCUGUAAACUUCACAUUGUGAGUACAAGAAUAUAAGAGAUGGCGACGAAAUUAGAGAACGAGGCCCCAUCGCGAUCGUCGAUGUCGUCGCACACAGGCAGCGGGCUCCGAUUGGCAGUUGGACAGCCCGACACUCGUCGACACUCGAAUGCAUCGGCGAGGCGUGGAUCAUCGCAGCCACCGGGAUCGAAGACCAGCGGUACCGCAAGCGGGACGGGCCCGAAGCUCGAAAACAGUUACAAAAUGACGCCCGACGUCCGCUUCAACUCCAGCCGCGUCAAGGCUCUCAUGUUACAAACUCUGGAAGCAAGACUCGAGGCUGUACAGUACUGCCCCACUACUGUCAAAUCGCUUACUAAAGAAUUAAGUGACACGAUUAAAAAUCAUGUCAAGACGCUGGGAUUUUCUCGCCAUAAAUUGAUCAGUAAUGUGAUUAUUGGGCCAGUAACGGGGCAAGGAGUCCGGGUGGCUAGUCGAUGUGUCUGGGACGAUAAACAUGACGAUUUCGCAUCGGCGUCUUACCAAAACGAGUCACUGUUCGUAGUAGCUUCGGUGUACGGCGUAUACUGCGAAUGAUGUUGCCGUGGUUACUGACUAACUGUUGCAAAGCUGACUCUAGAACAACAUUCUUACUUUACGAUGUUUCAAAUUAAUUCAUGCAAUAAUGAACUGAUCCACUUUUGGUAGACAAUCAUUGAAAUGAUGCAAUAUACAAAUUGUGGUUAUGGUAUAGGCCCAUGUCGUGAUGAUUGACGUAUCACGAUGGUGAUGUUAUCAAUCAUGGCAUUAGGCGUGAAAUGAAGUAUCAUAAUCUGAUUUUAUUAUAACUUAUUAUUAUCAAAAGGAGAAAAGUGUUUACCAUUCCCAUCCUUAAGAUAUAUAGUAUAGGCCUAUAGCUACAUAUCACAAUUAAGUAAAUUAGUUUUUAAAUUAAUGUAAUUCCUGUAUACUACUGAGGGUAAAUCUUUGAACUCGUGUGGCAGUUGCAAUAGUCUUUUUUUCCCCUCAAAAUUUAAAAGGAAACUAUCAUAAUAAUUGUAGAUUGUAAGUGAACAUGUGCCAUGCUCUCAUUAUACUUCAAGUCCACAAAAUGUACAGUUAAAGGAAGUUAUUCGUAACAAUUAAGGGGAUCCCCCAAAAUGAGCAUUAUGUUUAAAUGAGGUAAAUACCUGUAUAUUUUGGAUCCUAUAUAAGGACGUAAUGGGGUCAUAGUGCAAAUUUAUGACUGUCCAAUGUUCACUUUAUGCAUACAAUCACUGUAUCCAGCUGGCUUAAUACAGGCCAACUGCUAUUUAUACUUUUAAUGACUGAGCCCAAAAGUUUAUUAACAUUCGUUUGCAUUAAUAUCAUUUUGUUCAUCAUUACAAUGUAUCAAAGGCCUCUUUAAAUUAUCUGAAGUUACAACAGCACGUGUGGGCCUAUUUACAUUAUGAAUUAACUUUUUAAAAAACCACUAAGUAUAGCCAAUGAAAUAUACCAACCCCAAAAGCAAAACACAGUUUACUAACUGUUGUUAGUAAGUUUUGGGUGAUUGAAUCUGUGUGGGAGGGG